GAAGGAUGCAGCGCCCGUGCAUCUGCUAGCAAGAUGGACUCUUCUGUACAAGCAGCCUGCUCUCAAAUUUCGUGGACCUGUGGCAUUGUUGAAGCAAGUGUUGGCACCAUUGGAAAGCCGCCCGCCUCUGUGACACCGCCCUCAAGCAAGCCAAUAAAAGUUGAAACCUAUGAAGGCGGCCAUAGUUUACGGCAUUCGAGUGUCUGGGUCCGGGAGGGGGGCAAACUUUUCCGUCGAAGCAGGGAGACGGAAUUGAGCCACUCAGGGAAGGGGGGUGAGGGGCCAGCGGCCCGGUUUCUAUGGAAAAGGAAAGGGUAUGAGCUGAGCCAGGAAGCGGAGCGGCCCGCUUAUGAUAAGCCGCUGAGCGCCAGGAAUCAGCAGGUGCUCAUGGCGCUGAUUAACCAGGAGCACAACGCAGAGAGUGUGGGGAAGUUGAUGGACGCCUGGAGGAAAGAACUAGGCAUGGGCAGCCUGAUUUCCAUCCUGAAAGAGCUGGGGCGCCUGCGAGAGCACGAGCUGAUGCAGCAAGUGUUUGACUGGGCGAAAGCAACCCCCGAGGAGUGCCAGCUACGGCCGCAGAUCGGGGCCUACACCACCGUACUCGCAGCGUACACAAGAUGCGCCAUGAUGACGUCGGCAGACGCUCUGGUAGAGGACAUGGUGACGUCAGGCAUUACGCCCGACUUGAUGGUCUACAACUCGCUGCUGGGGGGAUUUGCCCGGCAGGGCCUGUUCGUGGACGCGAUGCGCCUCGUGACGCGGCUCAAGGCCGAGGGCUUCCAACCAGACGCAGCCACGUACAAGGAGCUCAUUGCGGCGUGCGCGCGCGGCGGCUCCCUGGCCGACAUUCUGCGCCUCUUUGCGGAAAUGAAGGAGGCUGGCGUACGUGCGGACUACUUCACGUACCGGACGGCUUUGGACGCUUUUGUUCGGACGGUCAACUGGGACGGCAUCAUCGUUCUGUACGAGGAGCUGGUCGCGCAGGGGUACGUACCGGACCGCCACGUGUGCAACCAGAUCCUGCGGGCGUACGAGAAGAAAGGACUCCCGGAGCGGGCGGAGGAGGUGUUUCGGGUGAUGCGGGCGCAGAACAUUCCGUUCACGAACGCCGACUACGGUAACCUCAUUUUGGCGUACGUCAACGUGGGCCGGUUAGAGGAGGCGGAGGGUGUGCUGCAGGACAUGCGCGCGCGCAACCUGCAGCCGGAGCUGUCCACUUAUAAUACGCUCCUGGACGGCUAUGGCAGGCAGGGCCGCUAUGAAGAGGCCGAGAGCGUACUUGCGGACAUGAAGCAGGUCGGAGUCCGCCCGCAGCCGGAGACGUUCCAGAAGCUGAUGAUGGCCUACACGCGCGGCGGCCACUGCCGGUGGGCCGAGUCGGUGCACGCCGACAUGCAGAAGGACGGCUAUGCGCCGACCGUGAUGACGUAUACCAUGCUGAUUGACGCGUACGGAAAGGCCGGGAGUCUCGAGGAGCUGCUGCGGCUGGUGGAGGAGAUGCAGAGCCGGGGGGUGCCGCCUAACCGGGCGACGUACAACUGCCUCAUCUCGGCGUACUGCAAGACGGGCCACUUCGACCUGGCGCAAGACGUGCUGCUCGAGAUGACGACACGUGGCCACAUGCCUGACGACAGCACUUACUACGGCAUCGUGGACGCAUACCGGAAGGGGCCUGUCGGGGACUGCGUUUUAGGGAUCUAUAAGGAGGCCCUUCGACUCGGCAGCCCGCCCUCCCACCGCCUCUCCUUCGCUCUCAUUGAAAAGCUGGCCUCCGAACGCCAAUACGACAAGGCAGAGCGUAUCGUCUCCGCCGACCAGCCCCCCUAUAAGCGGCCAGCCGCCUAUGCCGAGUGCAUGCUCGUAUACGCCAGCCAUGGCAUGUCGGGCUACGCUUGUAAGCUCCUGGAACGGUUCCACCCGGACGGUGUGAAUAAUCUCGCGGUGUACAACGCGCUGAUCACUAUUGCGGGCCAAGAGAAGCGGCCAGCAGAGGUGGCGAGCUUAUUCACACAGCUCCAAGAGCGGUGCGGUGCCAUAAGCUAUGGCACGGUGCUCGCGCUCUUGGAGGGCUACGCCGCGCAGGGGGCGUGGGAGGAGGUGCCACGUGUCGUGCAGCUCUUCCACGAGAAGUGCAAGCGCGAGCACGGACGGCUGACGCAGAAAGCGUUUGCUCUGCUGUUCGAGGCGCUGGGCCGGGGGGGAAGGCUAGCGGAAAUCUCGGCGUAUUAUGCGGAGAUGAACGACGCGCGGGUGCGGAAAACGCUGAGCUGCUAUUCCGCCGUUCUGCUGGGGCUCAAGGGGCGGUUACACCACCCGGACGCGCACCGGGUGUGGGAGGUUCUGGAAGGGUUUAGAUUACCCGUUCACAAGGUUAUCCGUAACAUUUUGUCAGACCGGAAACAGGAAGGUUCCUGGGACCUCUCCCUCCAACAAGCGCUCGAGCGAGUCCCUGGAGGCGCCCGCGAGUCGCUUCUAUAUAAGCGCGGCUUCUUCAACGCGCUGCUCGAUAUCCUAUGGGCCGAGAGCAAGUGCCGCCACGCCGCGAACGUCGUUGCAGUUGCGCUUCGGAAGGGGGUUUACCUGCCCGGGAAACGGACGCUUCCCCUAAAACCGGGGGUUGCUGCGCCCGUGGGAUCGUCUACCGGGCACGUCGAGGGGGGAGAGCUGUCCCGGGGGGAUCCCCCCGAGUGGUGGGUCGAUCUGCGGCACACUUCGCCGGGGGCUGCGUGCGCAAUCCUCAGGGGGUGGCUGCUGGGCGAUGCGAGGGAGGGAGUGGCGAAUGUGGAAGCGGGUUUGGCGGAGCUACCUGAGAAGGUCGAGCUAUAUUUUGGCAGGACGGUUGAAGAAGGAGCGACGUACCAGGAAGGGGCGGAGCCGCCUCACUUGGCGUCCUUUUUGGCGGUCAAGGAGUUGGUCGCCGAACUGGGGCUGCCGUUCAGAGGGGUUGAGGGCGACACAGCAAUUUUGGCCGUGCCUGCCAGCGAGUUCCGAGAGUGGAUUCUGGAAACGGAGGGGUCUCAUGAAAUGGCGAGAGCUUCUGGUGAGUUGCGGAGAGCCUCGGAGGAGUUCCGGAGAGAAGUGCCUGAUCCUGAAUCCGGCGGGAGAAGCUUGGAGAGCGAGGGCGGAACGGAACGGAACGGAACGGCUUCAGGAGCGGGAAUCGGCGCACGGUUGGUGGGACAGGAUGGCGCAGAUUAUGGCGCCGGCAGGCGGGGCUUUGAAGGGAUUCGCAGGAUCGACGGAACAGCGGAACCGGAAGGGAACGAGCGGCUUACGGACGCAGUUGGGGGGACGAGUAUUGCGGACGGAAGUCCGAGGCCGAGGGCGGACCGAGACAGCGUUCCGCUUCUCACGAUUCCGGAAACAGUUGAAGACGCCCGGGAAAGGGAGACGGCGUCACAUUCUCUGGACGAGAUAGUCGGAAUGCUUACUAGCACAGCGGUCAGUUCAGUUACUGACAGCAUGGAUAGAGAGUUUGAGACCAAAGAUAGGGACAGCGCGCACAUAGUAGAGCAGAGAAGGGGAGAGGAGGAGACGACAGGGUUACCAAUAGAAGCCGUGGCCGAGAAACCAGAGGUACUCCGGAAACAGUCGAAAGCAGCCAGUCGCGCAACCCCCUUUGUGCGGCUCUCUUUGAAACGGGAGAAAGUGGGGGCACAAUAAGAUAGCUGUAGUUCCUGGACAGAGGAGUCUCAUACUUGUUCGUUAUGCCGUCAAUCGAUCAAGUGCUCAAGCUUCUUGAAUUCGCUCAUGUUGAUCAUACUCGUG